UAUCUGUACAUUGAAAUGGAGCACAGUGAAAGCCUGGAUGAAGAGAUUACGGUCCCUGCACCAGGCGCCUGUUGUGGUCGGAUGAAUAAACUGUGUAAUAUCGCUAAACAGAAUAAAGUUCUGAUUGCUAAUCUGUUAGCUGUUUUCCUGGGUAUUUCUGUGGGCUUAGUUCUCAAGUUCUAUGCCAAUUUGACUGAACUUGACCAAAUUUACAUCGGCUUUCCAGGAGAGAUACUCAUGCAGAUGCUGCAGAGUAUGACUGUUCCUCUCAUUGUUACUAGUGUGAUAAUAGGUGUUUCUGAUCUAAGCAUAGAAACUUCCAGAAGAAUCACUUUGCGUACUAUAACAUAUUUUGUCUCAACAACUGCUGUGGCUGUUAUUACAGGGUUAAUGUUGGCGCUGCUGAUCGAGCCAGGAGUCACUAAUGUUGUUAAAGAAGCUGACGAAUUUGAUGAGGAGUCCUUCUCCACUGUCGGCGCACUGUAUGAUCUACUACUAAACAUAUUCCCCGAAAACCUGUUUCGGACCACCUUCCAUCAGUUCAAGACUGAAUUGGUGGAGUUUGAGCUUGAAGAAGAUGAGAUGAACUCUAGCCUGGGAACAAACGGGACACAAGAGCGAAUAGUGGGUCUAUAUGUUGAGGGAACCAACACUUUGGGCCUGAUCGCUUGGUCUCUUUUUGUGGGCUGCACCCUGUCCAAGAUGGGAGCAUCAGGGAGCAAACUUGUAGAAGUCUUCACUGCCCUGAACGAGGCCAGCAAAUAUAUAUUCGGCCUGAUACUGUGCUACUUGCCAGUUGGAGUCAUGUUCAUGAUCAUAGACCAUGUUGUUGACGUUCAUGACUGGGAAACCACCUUCAAACUUGCAAAGUUCAUGGCAGUGGUUCUUCUCGGGCUUAUAAUCCACGGAGGAAUAUUUCUCCCGCUGAUUUAUGUCGUGUGUACCAGACGUAACCCCAUGACUGUCAUCCGCGGGGUCACUCCUGCCUUACUGACUGCAUUCCUCAUCUCAUCCAGCUCUGCCACACUGCCUCACACCUUCCAAUGCUGUGAAGAACGACUCAACUUAGACAGAAGAAUCACUCGCCUGAUACUGCCCAUUGGCACAAACCUCAACAAGGAUGGGACUGCCAUUUAUGAAGUGGUCGCAGCUGUUUUCAUCGCCCAACUCACCAACAUCAAUCUCACCAUAGGCCAAUUAAUCACACUUUUGUUGACAGCAGCAGUGUCCAGCGUAGGUGCAGCAGGAAUCCCAGCGACAGGAGCAGUGACCACUCUCUUUGUGCUGACAGCAAUCGGUUUACCUUCAAAGGAAGCUGCCAUUCUGGUGGUCAUAGAAUGGAUCCUAGACCGCUGCAACACCGUCCUAAAUGUCUUUGGAGACUGCAUUGGAGUGGCACUUGUGUACCAAGUUUCUAGAUUAGAAGUUGAUGAAAUGGACAGUGCGGCUCAUGGAGAGGAAAUGCCAAGCACAAGUUACAGUGAAGCUGAAGGCCUCAAACUUGAUGAGAUCCAGGUUCAAUUGGACUCUGGUGAUGUCUGCUGCACCAUGCCAGAAGAACUUCAUCAGAUUGAUGAUGAGGAGCACAGCUAG